CUUGUCGAGCUCGCGCUCAUGGCGGCUGCAGGCAGGUCGCUCGCGGUCCUGAAGCGCUUCAGGUUAUGAACGUGAGAAGAAAGGAAAACGUUAAAAAUGUGGCGGGGAUAAACUGAACGACCUCCGGUUUUCCAUUUUAAAUAAUGUUUGCAGAGGCCAGUCUGUCCAUCUGGGGAUGGUGGGGUCUGGGAGUCGUCCUCUUCCUCAUCACAUUUGGACCCUUUGCCAUCUUUUAUCUGGCCUUCUACAUCCUCUGUUUCAUUGGCGGGGGUUUUGUAGUGCUUCUUUUAUUUGGAAAGAUAAACUCAGAGAAACACCUGGAAAGGUGUGAACACUCCUACCUGCCAUCAACACAGACGGCCAUACUGAAGGUUUUGGAGGAGAUGAAAUCAGAGUCCAAACCCAUAAAGAUCGAUCGGCGUCUGACAGGAUCCAGUAUCAUAGAUGAGCCACUGCAGCAGGUCAUCCAGUUCGCCUUGCGGGACUAUAUCCAGUAUUGGUAUUACACACUGAGUGAUGAUGAAACGUUCCUCUUGGAGAUCCGUCAGACAGUCCAGAACGCACUCGUUGAGUUCUCCACCAGGUCUAAAGAGGUGGACUGGCAGCCGUAUUUCACCACCAGACUGGUGGAUGACUUUGCGACUCAUCUACGUGUUUUCAGGAAAGCUCAGGAGAGGUUGAACGAGAGAGAAGAUCCAAAACAACGUGAUGCUCCGGAAGAGUUGUUGGACUCGUUUUUUGAGGCGGAGGUGGAAAUGGAGAGGAAGAUUUGUAGAGAUGUCGUGUGCACGUCACGCAAGGAUGAAGAAGGUUACCUGCGGGAUCUCUGUGAAGUGCUGCUGUACCUGUUGCUACCUUCUGGAGAUUUCCACAACAAGAAUAUGAGAUACUUCCUCAGGGUGAGACACUCACACAUGCUAAAUCAGUCCCAAAUUCAUUCAAAUAACAUCUUAUCUUUGAUUCGGGACUCCAGCUGUAACUACGAGGCCUUCUUGAACAUCUUAAAGCUGACAGACAAAGCAGCCGAGCUGGAGGCCGUCAAAGACAAAGUCCUGGAGGAGCUUCAGUACCUCCGAUCUCUGGACACGGGAGGAGACGAUAUCAACUUCAUAAAGAAUCAAAUCAACAGUUUGCUCUUUGUGAAGAAAGUCUGUGAAACACGGAUACAACGGCUACAAUCAGGGAAGGAAGUUGACGCAUUGAAACUCGCAGCUAAUUUUGGGAAGCUGUGUGUGAUUCCGUUGGAACAUAUAUUAGUGCACAACAUCGCGCUGCAGUUCUUCAUGGACUACAUGCAGCCCAUGGGCGGUCAGGCGAUCCUGUUCUUCUGGCUGACGGUGGAGGAAUUUGAGAUUUUUGACGGUUUAUCAUGCAGGCCUAUUUCGACUAAUAUAUCCAUUAAAAAGCCCACUAUAUUAGCUGUCUGUGUUCCUCAGGUGUAUGAUAUGAUGUUGCGGGAUGAGAGGUUCUACCCGUCGUUUAAGCAGCACCCGCUGUAUGUGCGGAUGCUGGCCGAGCUGGACAUGCUGAAAGAGCCCAGUUACAUGGGGUCAGACCACGGGGACGGAGAGUCGUUCAACGGGUCUCCGACAGGAAGCAUUAAUUUAUCAUUAGAUGAUCUCAGCAGCGGGAGCGUGGACGAGUCUGCUCAGCUUCAUGCUUUUAUCUCUGAUACGGGCGUGUGUAACGAUCACGGGAAGACGUACGCCCUCUAUACCCUCACCGUCAUACGCAAGAACUCCGACGGCAGCGAGGACAUCUGGAAGACGUACCGCCGCUACAGCGAUUUCCACGACUUCCACAUGCGCAUCACAGAGCAGUUUGAGAGCCUUGGUCCGAUUCUCAAGCUUCCUGGCAAAAAGACCUUUAACAACAUGGACAGGGAGUUUUUGGAGAAGAGGAAGAAGGACCUGAACACUUAUUUGCAGCUGCUGUUGAAUCCUGAGAUGGUGAAGGCCUGUCCCAUGCUGAUCCCCUACGUCUAUGACUUCCUGGAGAACAAAGCCUACAGCAAGGGCAAAGGAGACUUCGCACGCAAGAUGGACACGUUUGUGAAUCCUCUCCGGAGCUCCAUGCGGAACGUGUCCAAUGCCGUGAAGUCACUGCCGGACAGCCUGGCCGAGGGAGUGUCCAAAGUCUCGGCGGACAUGGGCCGCAUGUCCGAGAAACUUGGCCAGGAUAUUAAACAGUCCAUAUUUAAGGUAGAGCACGUCUGGAGAAUCUCAGAGCACAGCGAGAAAUGUGCAAAAGACCAGAGACCUGCCAAACUGGACGCUUUGCAUGUUGGCUGUUUGUGUUGCCUGUUUUUAUGUAACUUAGAAACUUAGUGUGCCGUUUGUCAAUCGUUUUCACAUGCAUGCGCAGGCGAAAUAUGUGACCCUGG